AUGGAUACUUCGAUUGCGCGUUUCUGCGGUGUGGUCAUACUCGCAGCAUCAUGUUUCCCAACUACUGUGGUGGCACAGUCCUCGAGCACGACCGACUCUUCAUCACAAUGUACUCCCACGCCCAUAUCUGCCGUCAUCUCCAACGUCACUGUCGCCAAUUCACCAAAUGAUGCACAAGUGAGAGGCGUGGCAAUCAGUGUGGGGACGCCGGCACAAGAUUUUGCUUUCAUGCCCUAUCCUCUUCUCUAUGACUCGACUAAUUUGUGCGAUGCGCUCUCAGCCGAAAGCCAGACGGCUUGCAUCUCAAGGAGAGGCGGCGCCUACGACCCAGUCGCCUCCAAAACGCAGAAGCAGGGUGACUCCGAUGCCACGGCAACCGACCCAAGCCCCUUUCCUUCAACGUCCAUCUUCAGUGACAUCUGGAACUUGAACGAAGACACUGCCCUGUCCAACUUUACCUUUGGCGUCCCGCUCAAUGACUGGCAAGAGCAGUUCUAUUAUCCGCAGGCCGUCAUCGGACUGGGGCCCAACUCGACGUUUCUGAACGAGCUCAAGGCCAACGACAUGAUCUCCUCGCGCACGUAUUCUUUCUUCUGGGGCGAGGAUGGGACGACUGGCACGUCGAACGGGAGCCUCGUCUUUGGUGGUUACGACCAGAACAAGAUCUCAGGAUCGGCGACGAGCAACUACACCGGCAAGCUGAACUACACAGCUUGCCUGUGGGGGAUGUCGGUGGACAUCUCAGAGCUCAGCCUCUUCUUCCACAACGGCACAUCAGCAAGCCUCUUUGACUCGACGAGUAACGACGAGUCUGCGACGAAGCUCACUGGGUGCAUUGAUCUCGGCUGCCCAGGCAUGUUCGACAUGUCUGACUAUGAUUAUUUCGAGAACUUUGCCUAUUACACAAACUAUACCAGCUUUUUCGAAUAUGCCGGUACAGGUGAUAUGCGGUCUACCGGUCUCAACUUCUGGGACUCAUUGUACCUAGAGGAUGAUAACCCAUUUACUGGGGACAUAGACGUCACAAUCGAGGGCGGCCCCUCUGUGACCGUCACUAACGACCAGUUCAUCGUCCCUCACGUCUACAUGGACGACGACACCGGCCUGUUUCUCCAGAAUAACAGCCAGUCAGACCUCCUCAUCAACUCUGUCGCCACCGACGGCUACCCGCUCCGGAUGUGCCGCCACUUCAUGACGUUCGUGUACGUCAUGGUGAACCUGGACGCCGGCGAGUUCACCGUCUGGGCCGCCAACUCCCAGAGCAACAGCGAGACCCUCGUCGCCGUCGACGAGGCCAACAAUGUCCUCGAGAACUCAGCCGUCUGCACGAGCACAUCGCCCUCGACAGGAUCGGGCUCCUCGGGAUCGCAGGGCGACUCGACCUCCGUGACCCAAAGCUCCUCCCUCUCGGGCGGUGCCAUCGCCGGUAUUGCCAUCGGCGCCGUCGCGGGCGUGGCGCUGGUCGGGGCCGGCAUCUGGUUCUUCCUCAGGCGCAGGAGGGCAGAAAAGCCGCUGGACGCCGCCGGUGGCGGCCCACCCAACUACUCGGACCAUCCGAACGAGAUCUCGCCGUACGACGAGGCGGCCGCCAAGCACAACAAUCAGAACGGUGUGCCCAACACCGCCGAGCUCUUCUCGGGGCAGGACAACGAGCGGAGGUCAGAGCUGUUGGCGUCGACUGGGGCGGCGGAGGAGCGAAGGUCAGAGCUGUUGGCCUCAAAUGCGUUCAGAGCCGAACUGGAGUAG